AUGGAGAGCUUCAUUACCACAACCAAUAGUGCCAUCCAACAACAAAGUCACUCCAUCCAACAGUUGCAAGCCCAGAGUAAGCUCAUAGAAAACCAAAUAAGUCAACUUUCACAACAAGUGAGUCAUUUAUCAACUCUUCAUGAUCAAGCGAAGGUCCAAAAAGAACAAUGCAAUGCGGUUUUCUUGAGAAGAGAUGAACCAUCUCCGAGGCAAAUAGAUGAGAAAGUGCACAGUGUGGAGUCAAGAAAGGAUGAAAAGGGUGAAGAUGUACAUAGUUCCAAAUAUGUUGCUCCAUCAGCCUAUGAGGAACCGAUGCCCUUCCUGCAAAGGUUGUCAAGGGUCGUACUCGAUAAGCAUUUUGGGAAAUACUGUGAAGUUCUUAAGAAGGUACACGCCUCUACUUCUUUUUCCGAUCUUUUAAUUCAAAUGCCUCAAUUUGCAAAUUUUGUGAAGAAUAUUAAAGAUCAACAUGAGGAUAAGGAAGUAGUAAAUGAGAAAGGCCAUACUCUCUUAUAUUAUAGCUUACCACCUAAGCUGCAUGAUCCUGGUUUGAAAAAACUUAAACCUUUCCAUAUUUCCCUUCAAAUGGCUGAUAAGACUUCUAGAAUCCCUAUGGGUGUGGUUGAAGAUGUAUUAGUCAAGGUUGGUGAACUUGUUUUUCCUGUUGAUUUUGUCGUUAUGGACAUUCAAGAAGAUCAUCAUAUCCCGAUUAUAUUUGGUCGUCCAUUCCUCGCCACAAGUCAAGCCCUAAUAGAUGUUCUUAAAGGACAAGUGACCAUUAGGGCUCAGGAUAAACAAGUCAUGUCUAAGCUCUUUAAUGAACAUAAUUCUACAUUUUAUGGUGGUACUUGCUUAAGAAUCGAUGCUACUAACCCUUUGGUUGACAAGUAUGUAUUUGAUAGGCAUUUCGUGAGAAAUGAGGAUAAAAUCCCACCCAAUGAUAUGUUUGGCCACAUGAAGGUAAGUUCGGAUACAAGGCAGGUCAAUUAUAAAAUGAAGGAGUCACUUGGAGGCAGAUAUUUUCAUGGGCAACAUCGCGGAGUUCCUUCCUCGUAUGGUGACCCAGGUUGA